AUGAAUUCAUUUAUUGCAGAGAAUAAAGAGUUUUCAAGGUUUUUGGAAGGGAAAAAUGAUACAUAUAAUGAUCCGGAUUACAAAUAUGCACUUUUAGAUGAUAGUCACUCUGAAGUUUCUUGUAAUUCAACUACUACGAAUACGACUAAGUCUAGCAAUUUAGUUGAAAAUAAUGAGAACUUUACUUUUACCAAAGCAAUGAUGAAUUUUAUUAAAGCUUAUACUGAUUCACAACCAACUAAUGAUAAUAAUCUUGAAGAAAUUAAUAUAAAUUGGCUUGAUUCUGAGACUGAUAUUAUAUCAGAAGUUGGGUCCAUAGUAGAUUUUGACAACGAAAAAGAACUAGACAUAGAAAUUAAUGAUUAUGAAGAAACAAGUGAGCCUUGUAAACAAUGCAAUGUAUUAGACAUUAAAGAUGGAAAGAUACAACGAUGUUUAAAUCCAAGAUUUAGGCCACUAAAGCAAUUAUCAGGUGUUUGGGAAUUGGAUUUUCAAACUGUUGAUCCUAUGUUUAAGCAAAACCAAAUAAAAAUGUUAGAAACUCUUAGUGUGGAUUACGAAAUUGAGCAAGAAAAAGUUGAACCUCCAAGUGAGGUGCUUAUAAAAAUAGUAUUACAUCUUCAAAAUGUAAAUCUAAAUAAACUUAAUAAUCAAGAACAAAUUAGCGCAAUGAUUGAAAAACAACCUGAAUAG